AUGGGACAAUCACCGAGUUUCACAGAAGAUGCCGAUAGUGACAUUCAACAAUUUAAUAACACUCCUUCCAAUACACCCGUCGAUGCCAAAGUAUACUCUUCUCUCUAUCUACAAACUUCUAAAAUUGAAUUAACGUGCUCCGAAGAUUUAUUUGGCCCUGUCGAACAAAAUAUAUGGGCCAAUUUACCACUUGAUGCUAUUCGCUACAUUUUCGAAUUUCUCUCCUUUCGAGAAACGUUCACUGUUUCAGUUGUUUGUAAGAAAUUUAAUGCCUUGUGUUGGAAACAUUUGAAAGAAAUUGAUAUUUGUAAAGAAAGUACAUGUGCAGCUCAGGUAGUGACAGAUAACAUUCUUUUACGGGUCAUUGCACUAGCCACAAAUAUUGAAAGUUUAAGCUUGUAUGGUUGCAGACUGUUAACAAACACAAGUUUAAGUGCCAUUGUUCAUCAAUCAGAAACGUUGACAAGUUUAGAUCUUUCCUACACACCACGCUUGAGUUCUGAAACUCUUAACAUCAUCUCCAAGAAAUGCACAAAAUUGAAAAGAUUAGUUUUAGGAGGAAUGUAUAGUUAUCAGUAUGGUGAUGUGAACCAAACAUCGACCAAUUCUUUUAUUUUCCCUAAUUUAGAAAUUUUUGUACAUCGGCGAGCUCAGGAUUUUGGAUCUGGAUUUAUUUCCUAUUUGAAGAAUCAUGAAAAGACAUUGAAAGGAAUUAAUUUAGAGCAACCUCAAAUCAUUCCACAUCACAGCUGCACUAUUGUAGAUUCCAUAUUUAGCAAUGAAACAUUUCAGAACAAUUUAGUUUUUCUCAAUUUGGAUGGCAUGGCAGAUCAUGUCAUGCAAUUACGACAAUUGACUGCACUUGCAAAAUUCAAGAAUUUACAAGGAUUAACACUUUCAACAUUGGGACAAAAUUUAAAUGUUGCAGAAACCAUUUUGACAGGUAUUGGAAAUAAUUUGAAAUAUUUUGUUGCUUCACGAAUGGAUCUUUCUGAUGAAUUUUUAGAAAUUCUUCUCAAAGUUGGAAUGAAGGAAGUGAAAAUACUCUCCUUGUCACAUUUAGCCUUUUCAUAUGGAACUGCUCCAAAUCGAGCACAAAAUGUGAAACAAAUAUUGAAACUCUCAUUACAAAAGAAAGCAUUUCAAAAUUUGGUUUGUUUUGAGUAUUCAUUGCCACCAAAUUUCAAAGAUGAGGAAUUGGGAAAUCUUGUUUCGCAAUUUAAAGAGCUUAAAAUGUUAUUCACGUGGAGAAAACGACUUGGAUUUGAAGAUUAUUAA